GGACUCGUAUGAUAUCAGUGUUCGAUAGUUCGGGUUUCGACUACUAUUAUAUUUUAAAAAAAAUACCAAAAAACGAUAAAUAAUAAUAAUCGUAAUAUAUCGCAUAUUAUAACGUAUUUUACUACACGUUUCACUGCGACAACAGCACACAACAGCGAAACCCAUCGUCGUACAUCAUCGCAUCUACACUAUGAGGUCGUGUCAAGUGUUUGCUGCACUCAGCGUGAUGACAGCGUGCACCAUGGCCAUACCGAUUUUCGUUGAAGGAGGACCCAGGUCCCAGAGCUCAGAGUCCGCCGAAAAUUACGCGCCCAAAGCGUACAAGUUCGAUUACGCCGUCCACGACCCGGAAACGUACGACGUGAAGAGCCAAUGGGAGGCGCGCGAAGGUGACGUGGUCAAGGGAGCGUACAGCGUUCUGGAACCCGAUGGUGCCAUGAGGCUGGUCGAGUACACCGCCGGUCCGGAAACGGGUUUCAACGCGGUGGUCAGCCGGUCCGACAGCGGAAACACGGGCUACAGGAAGCCCAGCAACGACGCGUUCGACUUCUGAGCGCGGCCGAAGCAGGCGAAACCCGCCGCUGAGCCAUCAUCAUCCGACUUCCGGUGCGCGGCGAUACCGACGGCGACGACAGCGGCGAUGAAAACAUAAUACAAUAUUAUUGUUACAAGCGUAUUAAUAAUAAUAUGUUAUCAUAAUAGCGUUGGCGUAUUGCCGUCGUCGUCGCCCGGUCAUAAUACAUAAUAUUAAUAUUAUUAGUAUAUUAUUACAUACGUUAUUUCCAUUACCCCCCAACCGCACGCGUAGACUCUUAUUUUACUAAAAAAAAAAAAAAUCAUACAAUUUAUUAUAUUUUUAUACUUAAUUAUAAUAUAGAUACGAGUACGUGUGUGUACUCGAACUACGCGUGGUGUGUGUACCUAGAAUAAUAUGUGCAUUUCUAAUCACUUGCAUUGUUAAUCGUUUUUAUUGUUAUUAGUAUUAUUUUAUAUCGGUUUGUUUUUUAUAAUGAAUAAAGUAUACGUAUUUAAUAAAAUAAUUAAAAACUCCA